CAUUUGCAUCUUGGGGAUGGUGGACAGGCUUUGGAAAGUCGAAGCUUCAGUUUUCUUAAAGCUACAGCAUUGAUGCGGCUGAUCCAGGCCAAUAUAGCUGGUCAAUGGUAACUCCCAGGAUUUUGACAGUGGAGAAUUCAGUGAUGGUAAUGCUAUUGAAUGUCAAGGGGAGAUGUUUAUAUUCUCUCUUGUUGAAUAUGCUUCUUGCCUGGCACUUGUGUGGAGUGAAUAUUACUUGCCACUGAUUAGCCCAGAUCUUACUGCAUCUGGAUACUGUCAUAGCCAUGGGUCAGAACUCCAAAUACUAUGAGUGUUUUUAACUUGUAGUUCAAAAUGUUCUUAACUGGGCUGCUACAGCCAAAAAUAGCUGCAGAUAUAAAUGAAGUGACUUAUUCCAUAGGUUUCUCUGCAGGCACAGUUAAAGAUGUGAAGGGACCCUCAAACAACUGCUCUUUCAAGAAGGGAGAAACAAGUCAAAAUACACUGGACUGUGAUACUUUGUCACUGCAAAGAUAACAAGGGGCUGAUGACUCCUGAUUAACAGUGAGCCACCCCCUGCAGAUCAUGUCCUAAACUUGAAUAUUCUUUAAAAGAAAAAGAGACCCACAAAGGGUAGAGGUUAAAAGGCUAGUUUCAGUUAUACAGUGUGUGCUAGUGGUAUGUGUGUGCAUAUAUGUGCUGCCUUGUGUACCACUGUGUUAAGGUCCUGUUUGUACUAGUAUGGAUUUGAGCAUCAGCCUGCUGUGAAAGUUGUGGUUGGAAAAACUAUCCCCUGGUCACACCUCUUUUGCUGGUAAAGGGAGUCUCUCACUCUGAGUGCAAGAAAUCAGCUAGCUAGCAAAUCAGGCAAAAGAAAACGGGACGACACCCCGCAUGCACUUCACUCGCCCUUCAGUCACAGUCGAAUGGAAUUAGCAACAGAAUGUCAACCAUGCUGUAAAACUGAGAGCCUUGAAAUUGGCUGUUCAGUUACCAACGUCACCGCUGUGGAUAACCUCCAUUGCAACAUUCAACCAUCCAAUCUUUGUGACCAGUUCGAAACUGUACUGCAUAUCUUUCCUUUAACUCUUUCAUCUUUCUCGACUCAUCUAUUAUUUCUAAUGUGUUGCUAAUUACUGUUAAUUUAAUAUCGAUUAAAUUUGCUAAUUGGCACCUUCCCAAAAAGCUUUAUUUGGGUUCGUAUUUUCUGACGGAGGGAACUGGGGGUUUGUACUUGGCUGUAUAUUAAUGGUGAGAAUAGGGACUGGUUGUGGGCACAGACGUUCCUGGUGUGCUAGCACUCCAAUACAGAAACACUUCGGAUUUCUAUAAUGCCUAUGUCAACCUUGAGGCUUUGUGAAUGUUUUACAUCCUAUUGAGUACUUUAAGUGUUGAGAUGCAGGAAACCUGUCAGCUAGGUGUGCACAAUCAAUAAUGUAAUAAUGGUCAGAUAAUCUCUGAGAUAGUAAUAGUCCUGGGAUUUAAUAGCUGAUGUAUUAUCCGAGAAUGCAAACGGAGCUUUUGAUUUUAAGAGCUCCUCCUAAAAAGAUGCUUCUGACAGUGUGGUGCUCCCUCUGGGCAGGGCUCCCUUGGCGCUGACCGAGACUGACAUUAUGUGGUGGUUCCUUUCCUUGCCCCCUCACCACUCUCUCUUUCUUUUCCUAACCCCCAACAGCUGAGUGGCCAAAGACGAUGACCGGGCUCCCCAGCACAUCCGGCACCACAGCAAGUGUUGUCAUCAUCUGUCGGAACAAGAUGUACGUUGCCCACGUGGGAGAUUCUGGUGUAGUCCUGGGCGCUCACGAUGGCUCGAGUGAGGCCCGAGGGGAGAGGGAAAGGGUGGUACAGGCUCUGGAGGUGACGCAAGACCAUAAGCCUGAGCUUCCCAAAGAGAAGGAGAGAAUUGAAGGGCUUGGAGGCAGUGUCAUCAACAAGUCCGGAGUGAAUCGUGUGGUGUGGAAGAGACCACGCCUGACCCACAACGGCCCUGUGCGGCGGAGUACGGUGAUUGAUCAGAUCCCUUUCCUGGCUGUGGCCAGAGCACUGGGCGAUCUGUGGAGUUACGAUUUUUACAGUGGUGAGUUUGUGGUCUCACCAGAACCAGACACCAGCGUUCACACGAUUAACUGCCAUGACCACAAGUACAUCAUCCUUGGCAGUGAUGGGCUGUGGAAUAUGAUCCCAGCUCAGGAUGCUGUCACCAUCUGCCAUGACAACGAAGACAGGAAGCGAUUGUUGGAGGAGCCAGGACCUACGGGUGCUAAACUCCUGGUCACCCGUGCCCUGGGCCGGUGGAGGCAACGGAUGCUGCGAGCUGACAACACCAGUGCUGUGGUGAUAUGCAUUGACCCGCCCUCACAAGGAUAUGACCGACUCUGCGCUGACGAGCUGCGGCUCAAGCUGACCAAUGGCUCAAUCCACCAGAUGGAGGAAUCUGGUCUUGCCCUCCCAUCUCUCUGCGCCGCACCACCACUCAAGGCACCAGACGAUAUUUCUCCACACUGGUUCUGUUCUGGUUUUGUUCCUGUGCUGACGAGAAGAGAUACGAGGUGCAGGAGGAGCUCACCACCUCCUGCUGUUGUCACCACGUUGAUGGAGCCGAGAGAUGGGGCUGCAGAGAACAGAGUGGGGGAGGGGCGCAGGGCGACCUGGGCCAGUGCUGGCUUCAAGAGGACACUGGAAGAAUUGAAUGGGACAACGCCGGUCUCUGUGUCCAAGAGAUUAAAACCUCGCCACAGGCGCAACAGUGGGGGAGGGGCAACAGGCUCGUCAAAGUCGAUGACUGGGAACCCAGUGCUUUCCUCCAGGCGCAGAAAUCCUGAGAAACCGGCAAUGAGGAGGAGCUUGAGGGGCCAGCGAAGACUAAGGAACCCAUUGUUGCAGCAGCACAGGAAGACUAUCUGUGUGUGCUGAUGUGGAGCACGUCAAGGCCCCUAUGGCUUCAAGAGGGGUGUACAAGAUGGUGGUCUUUAUGGGCCCUUGAUGCCAAUUAAUCAUUCUAAAAUCUGUAAAGAGAAAAAAAACCCCAUCGACCCUUGAUUCUGUUAAUGUCUGUACAUUUUUACUUUGUUUUGUCAACAGCAAUAUUCCUGCACCGUUUCAGCAGUUUUACAUAUAUUUUAUUCCCUGCACUAUGCACAGAUCUGCAGGAAUGUACUGUGAUCUUUUAGCUCUGACCAACUUUUCAGCUCUUCUUGUUCUCUGUCUGAGAUCUCUUGGGAAGUAAAGAAAAAUAAUGUUUUGGUUAAUUGAAUGAUGAAGUAAUUCUCCCCAGCCCUUCCAUUCUGAUGAUGCUUGACGAGGAAUGACUUCUUCCCCCAGUCCAUUGCUCCCAUGGCUGUGGUUUGCUGCCCUGGCACAAACUGGAGAUGGUUUCAUCCCAGUUUGAUUGCUGAUGUCAAAUUCCCAUACCCCUCGCUGUUGGGUUGAAAUCUGCCAAUGACUGAAGCCAGCCAAUCUUGGCCCCCAUGAAUACCGUGCCAAGUUGCUGUGGUUUCCAUUGAACAUCAGUUCCUUGUUUGCAAUGUGGUUAAUCAGUGGUCCUGGACUGGUGGUUGGGAUAUGGGAGCGGUACCUGCUUGGCUAAUUGAAAUGGGGGUGGGAAUGAAUGCAGAGCUCUCAGUUGCAUGUUAUUGCUGCUACCUGCAAUCCAUGAUGUCUGUUAGCUACAAUUAACCAGCUCUGCUCAUUUAAAACACCAUAGGAGUGCUGUCUGGCACUUUGUAGCUCACACAGGGAUCAUGAUGAAAGAUAAACAGAUUGAUUAAUUUGCCAGUGUUUGAAUCCAUCUCCCUGUCCUUGCUGGAUAUUUCCUCUGUGGUUUGGUUUUGGCAAUUGCUCCAUCAUAUCAGCAAAGUGUGCCAGGUUACUUGGGCUUGAGUGGAGUGAUCUGAUCUCGCCAUACAUGCGGAGUUUGAGCUGAAUUAGCAGAGGAGCACCGGAGGCUGAAAUGUGAUUAACAGUCAGACUAAGAGCUCUUGGUGAGCUAGAUGUGUUGAUGCCUACCUGUACUGUAUUCACCAGAUCAGUCAGAAAAUCAAGGAGUGGGAAAUUAGCCCAUGCUGUACCAAUGUAAGGACCCCAACAACUCCUGCUUUUUAAAAGUCUACACAAAUCUGUUUUAACUGGUUUUGUUGCCUUUGUGGAUAAUUUUAACUAAUUUAAUAUUUUGACUAGGGAUUUCUCCAGUGGACAAAUGCUCGAGCUGCAAAAAUAAUAGUUUUAGAUGAAUUCCUUUUGACAUUUGGAAACACUUUCACCAUGUGCAAAAGAUAAAGUUUAAACGCCACGUAUUCCUUUGGGUGACCAUUACUUUGUUUCAAUCAGUUCUGUAUUUCAAUGAUCAAAGUUAUUGUCCUUCUGACAACGAGGUCACAACUUACAAUUGUGUUUCCAGGCUUGCAGUGGGUGCUUUUUUUUAAAUUUGACAGCCUUCAGUCUUUGCCCAGGAAGCUCAAUGUGUUCCCUCUUGACUUUGAAGGGCUGUACCAUGAACCGUAUGACUGAAUCCCCAGGGCAUCACACUCUGGAUAAAUAAAAUGUGGACUGGCUUCUAGACUCCCUUGGUUUUGAACUAAGUGAUCACCAUGCAGUUUCUAGUUUUUUUUUAAAAGAUGGCUGAGAGCGGAGAAGUGCUUAAAAUGCAUGAUUUUUGGUUUUAGGUGGGCAAGGGAGGAGGGGGUCUAGGGAAUUUGUGGGACUUGCCUGUCUGUGAACAUUAUCAGCUCUGCUGAGUUAGAAAGUCUCCUCUCCCUUGAGGUGAGAAGGAAAGGGAAGAGGGUCAGAGCAGCAAACUGUCGAUAUCUGACUGUGAUCCACCUGGCUGGCAGAAUGGCCACCUCCUGUUCCUAAUCCAGACCUUUUAUUUCUACAGUUGUGGGAGAAGAGGAUGAGAGAGGAAAUAAUUGUGUUGUGCAUCGCAAAUCUUGUCGCUCAACCUGUUCUCCAUUGUUAUUGAGGGCGCGUUCUCCUUAAUCCCUCGUAUUGAUGGUGCUGCUACAUUUACACAUGGGAGUUUACUAAUUUUGUAUUAAUAUAUAUAUGUGUGUAUAGUAUAUAUAUAUAUAUAUAUUUGAAAACUGUUUCCAAGUAUUAGCCUAUUGUUACUGUGUUUUGCUAAAUAAAAUAAUUGCGCUCUUACUGGAACCUGCGUCACUCUUAAUCCCAAUGGGAUCAUGUUUCAACCCUUUGUCACUGCCUAAAUGUGGUGCCAGAUAAUGGUGAAUCAAUACUUGGUUGCUUUGGGUUUUAUUAUGAUUAGUGAACAGUGGACGCUUUUCUCAAAUUGACAUGCAACUUUAGUUUGAGGCUGUGGGUGAACUUUCUUUUCUGGAGGUAGGUGUGUUUCUGCCAAGUACUAUCAGAACUGUUGAAGAGGUGGUUGUUUUGCGUAAUGUGGUUUGUCAAAAUGAGAUUAUUUUAAUCAGUGAUCACUCUAAAUUGGAUACCAGGCACGCAUAAAUUUACACUUUAAUCAGUCUCAAGCACCCCUUCAUCAGGGAGGAGAAAAAUCAGCUUGGAUUCUGGUGCCAAAUGGCUGCCAACUUGCUUUUAUUGGUAAGUGCAUUGAAUAUAGGACUAGGAAGGUCAUGUUGCGGCUGUACAG